AUGGAUGCUCGCUUCGGCGAGUACGAUGCCACUUACAAGGAAGCAGCCCACCCUGCAACGAAUGCCGAAAAAUAUCAAUCGCCGUCAACUCCCGGUGUGGAGAACGAGGGUACUGCCCAGAAGAACCCUUUGGAGGUUUACAUCGAAUACCUGGACAAGUUUCGAGACCAUCUAACAUGUGUUUGGCCCGUCGUCAACGUGGAAUCCCUAAAGUCCCGGAUCAGUGGUUCGCUGGAUGAUCACGAUGCAUGGGCAUUAGCUGGAGCCAUCUGUGCUACGGUAAUUGCUCAGCUACGACUAUCUCAAUUGCGGCUUUCCAAGCAGCAUAACUUGGUCUCAGAUGACAACAGCAUUGCGGAAAGCUUUGCACAUCAUGCUCAACUCUCGCAUAAUCUGAGCAAUCAGCAUCAUCAAAGCACUUACUACAAGGAAGACACGACAGACUCUUUACUGACUGCGUUCUUUCUACACAUCUACUUCGCCAAUACAGAACGCAUCAGGCUAGCCACGAACUGUUUCCCACCAUGCCUCAAGCCAAUCCAGACUUUCCCGCUCUCCGGAUUUCACAUCCAAGGAGUCGGCGAAGUGGACGCUUCCUUCCAACUCCUCGCUCAACUCUUCACCCUACUCGACGAUAACAUAGUCAUGGCGGCAGACAGAGGGGGCGUCACACCCGGCUCCAGCAAAGCCGACAAUCUCUACAGCGCCCUCUCGGCCAUGGCCAAGCAGGACUUCUCGGCCCUGGCCCCCAACCUCCCAGAGACCCAGCGAGUGAACGUGCUGAUGACGGGGAACUGGAUCCACAUACUCCGGUGGCAGUUUGCUCUGAGCCACUACCAGAUGUCUAGCCGCAUGGAUGAUGCAAUGCUCUCCAUGCUGAAGCCUGCCAAGGUUGCCCACGAGGCCAUGCGCCUGCUCGGGUCUGUUUCUCAGCAGGCCAUUCGGACCCACGGAUAUGGCCUAAAAGCACUUUUGCUCAUUGGUGGGCCGGAGUCUUUGUUUCACAAGAAGUUGAUGCUGGUUAUGGCCGAAUCACAAUUACCGGUGCCGAAUGUCAAGGCUUUGACGCCGGGCGAGGAAAACGAAUGCGUUGAGGAUUUAUAG